AUGUAAAGGAAAGUAACUCUAAAAAGAAAUGCAAUCUUUAAUGAGAAUAUCCGAACAAUAACAAUUAAAAACCAGGAGGAAUAUAUGAAUAAUUUGAAGAUGCAAGCGAUUCGUUUGUAAAUUGAGAAAAUAGUCCAUCUUGAUCCUUUAUUAAAAUCGCUCCUUAAUUCUAAGCCUAAUCGUAAACAGUAUGCUCGUCCUUUAUUUAAAACUUAAAAUAAUCGAUCUUUUAUGGAAUCAAAGAUCAAAGAAGAAGAAACUAGAUAGAGAGCUAAAAGUUCUUAAGGGUCUAAUUUUGGAGAGAUGAGUCUUAAAUAUAAACGUUUAACAUAAAGAGGAUUGUUUAAAAUAAAGAUGCAUGUAAAUAAAAUACGAAGACGAUUUAAAAGAUGUGUGAUUGCAGUUUGUCUGUUGCUAACAUAUUUUAGUUAUAAUCCACUUUUUAAAAAGUGUAAACGAUUUUCAAGACCUCGAAUAUCAAUAUUACGUAGUAAACCAAUUUUAGAUAAGCUGCCGAUUUUAUCGUAAAUAGAUAAAACAAAUACAAUUGAUGAUAGUGUAAUGUCUAAGGAACCUCUUGCCUAUCUUAAAAAGAAAAAUUCUUCGUAAGGAAAUUUUGAUAUCUUUAUUAAAAGACCUAUUCAAUAGUUUAUAAUGAGAUCCAAUACUUAAACAUAUUCCUAGAAAAGAAUAUGCAAAACUGAACAUUCAUAGGUUAAAAGCAUGUUUCAUAUUAAUAAAAAAUUAAUCCAUGAUAAAAUGUUUCUAAAGUCAUCCUCAAUUAAAUUACUUUCUAUGAGUUGA